UAUCAGAAUGAGCUCUUUCGUCUGCAUCCAAGUCUCUCUUGACUCUGCCUUUAUCUUUAUUCAGAGCUUCCUUCGGUCACCGUUCCCUGCUGAAAUUAACUACGAUCACAUUAACUCACAAAACACCAAAAAGCUUUGAGAAAAGACAACUCUGAAGAUUCACAGAGAGAAGAGAAGAGAAAAGAAGACAGCUUUGAGUUGCGGUUGCAAAGCAGCAAAUCUGACAGUUUGCAGAAUCAAAAGAGAGAGCAAGGAAUCGAAGAUUUGCUUCUUCUUCUUCUUCUUCUUCUUCAACAGGAAGCAAACUAAAUGCUCGUAGAAAGUUAGCAUUUUCAAAGAGAGAGAGAGAGAGUUGAAUUGAUCUCACUUGGGUCUCUGCUCUUUUGAUCUGUAACGGAACUAGCUUCAGACUUUGAGGACCUGGGUUUGAUCCUUAAAGCUGAGAUCUUUUGUUUACUUGAAGAAGGUUGUGGUUAAUCUUUGGUGGUUCAGUUUUAAGACCGUCGAGAGCUUGAGAGAUUCAUAUGUGAUCACAAGAGACAGCUGGCUGCUCCUAUAGGCCCAUAAGUGAAUUGAGGUCUACCGGGUCAGCUCUUUUUUUUUCUGUGUGUGGUGCCAGUGUUGAGUAGUUUGAGCAGUAGAGAUGCCUCCUUCGCCGGCAUUGAGAUGCUCUCCUGGCAAGGAACAUAGACGAGGAGACAGCAUUGAAUAUGGGACACUGUUCAGAGACAAAGACGAAGAAGAUCUUGCCUUGUUUAGUGAGUUGCAAGAGAAAGAAAGAGAUGAUUUCUUGCUCCAGUCAUCUUAUGAUCUUGAAGAUGCAUUUUCUACAAAAUUGAAGCAUUUUUCGGAGUUUGCCAUUCCUAUUCAAGGAGAGAGUAGCAGAUUGCUGAGUGCAGAAGAAGAUAAGAACGACUAUGAUUGGUUGUUGACGCCUCCAGACACACCACUUUUUCCUUCGUUGGAUGAUGAACCGCAAGUAGCUAGUGUUGGAACAAGAGGGAGACCUCAGAGUCAGACUUCUCCAUCUAGAUCUUCAACGAUGGAGAAGAGACGCCGUAGUAGUAAGGGCAGUCCAAGCCCAAAUCGCUUAAGCACAUCACCUCGAGCUGACACUAUGCAACAGCAGAUAAGAGGAAGGCCAUCUUCAGGACGCCAUCCUAGUCCAGCGUCUGGUCAACGAUCAGUUACCCCAGUUAGAAGGAUCUCGCCUUCUCCAGGGAAACCUGCAUCAAGAUCUUCAACCCCAACUUCACGAAGGAUGAGCACUGGGUCAACCACCACGGCGGCACCACCAGCUGGCAGGGGCACUUCUCCUGUUAGAUCAAGUCGAGGCAACUCUGCUUCACCCAAAAUAAAAGUGUGGCAGUCAAACAUUCCUGGUUUCUCAUUGGAUGCGCCACCUAAUCUCCGAACUUCUUUGGGCGAUCGACCUGCAUCCUAUGUUAGAGGCUCCUCACCAGCGUCAACACGCAGCAGACAGUCUGUUUCUCCGAGUGCGUCAAGAAGUGUUAGUUCAUCUCACAGUCAUGAGGAUCUUCAUCACCCUAUACAGUCUAUUCCUGUAGGUAGCUCAGAACGUGCGGUUUCAAAGAGAGCUAGCCUCUCUCCGAAUAGUAGAACUUCGAGAUCUUCGAAAUUGCAGUCACCUGGCUCGGCACCUAGAAGGCCGUUUGAGUCUGCUCUUCGUCAGAUGGAUCAUCCUAAAAGCCAUCAUAGCAUGUUUAGGCCUCUUGCUUCUAGCCUUCCUAGCACUGGCAUCUAUUCUGGGAAAAGUAGCUCGUCUUCUUACCAUCACCUAAUGUUAAGACAUUCAUCUGCGACAGUUGGGAGCAAUUCAAGCUCUAGCCAAGUUAUAGGGUUCAUGCCAGAUACUGAAAGGAGCGAUUCUGUUGCCCAAUCUGAAGUUGAAAAAUUGGCUUAUCCUGAUAAACAUGGAGAUAUUAUGGAUGUAUUGAAUGAAGGUAGUAGACAUGAGAGUUCUCAGAGUGAUAUGGAUCAAGGUUAUGCUGUUGAAUGCGAGUCUAGUGUGAAUGAGGAGGUCAACCAUAUAGGCAAUGACUUUUUGGAAGGGGCCGAUCUUGAAACUAUGGAGGUUUGUGGUAGAUGUGGUUCACACUAUCGUGCCACUGAAGCUACUAGAAGCGAGAUAAAUAUUUGUCCAGAUUGCAGGGAAGAACAUAGUUUCGUGGAAACAGAUUCCCCUGGGACAACAACAGCUAUUGAUGAAAAUUCACAGUCUCAGGAGAAAUUUGAUGAAAAAGAGUCUUUUGUUGAGAAACUUCCUGCAAUAAAUGUGGUAGAUUCGCUGCCUGUUGCUAUGGUUGAGAUUGAGCAGUGUGAUGAUUCCUAUGAACAAGGAGAAAAUCAUUUGCAAGAGAGCUCUAUUUUCAGGGCUUUAGGAGAGCAAGAUGAUGAAAUAGAGUCUUCCACUGGCUGUGGUCUAUUAAGUACAGAGACAAAAGAUACUCAAACUCAGCGUUCUGAGAAGGAUCAUGAUGUGAAGAUUGGUUCUUCAGAAGGUAGGAGGGGAGUUCCUUUGCUUAUAAAGAGAUCGGUGAGUAUGAAGUCACCAAUCACUCAAGCUAGUAACUCCAGUGGUUUUACCAGAUCGUAUGAUGGCUUUUCUUAUUUGAGAGAUAAGAGUAUGAGUCUUAGAAGCUCCACAGAAACUACUUCUGCAUCUUCAUCUUGGGAUUAUGGUUCGUCCAUAAGAAAAGGAAGUCAUGUGCGACAUCAGAGCGGGAGUACACUUGACAUGGAGACUCAUAGGUAUGAUACCAACUCCAAAUUCCUGAGCAGCAUGUCAGGCAACGCCUGCCAGGCUCUGAAUGUUGUGCCAGCAGACAGUUUUGAAGUAUGUGCUGCCCAAAUGACAUGUACCGAUGAUGAAACUCAUCAAGAAUCUCAUUAUGAACUCCAAGAUUCGAAAUGUACUGAAACCAAUGUGAUGAAUGGAUCAAUCGGUCUUUCCACCAAUGAAGUUGUUAUCCUAGCAGCGCAUGAUCCAGUGAUAAUUGACAAUGGAUUUUCUGAAAAUAGAGAUGAUGUAGACAAUAGUGUGAUGAGCAAAGUGGAGAUAAGCGAAUCACCGGCACAUGUAAGGAACACAUCUGAAGUAGGAGCAUCAACUGCCAUUGAUGACUGCUCUCUCUAUGAUCACUCUAAGCUACAAGAAAAGGAUGUGAUUGAAACUCAUCACCACGGUUCGUUCACCACGUCAUCCUCAGAAAUAGAGCCGGAGAGUUGUGAACCCGAAACACCUGGUUUAGGAGUUCAUGAUAAAAUUCCAGAGUCAGAAUGCAACGUAAAUGCAGUGGAUGAUGACUGCUCAGAGAAGAGUAUGGCACAUGCUUCUGUGGAUCACCACAACUCCCUGGCUCCUCCUGUAAACGAAAUUUCAGAUGAGUCAACAGUACUUGUGGAGUGUCCAGGCCAAAAAGAGCCCAAGAGCCUCACGCUCGAAGAAGCCACUGAUGCAAUACUGUUCUGCAGCUCCAUUGUUCACGACCUAGUUUACCAAGCUGCAUCAAUAGCAAUGGACAAAGCAAGGGAUGUGGCGGCAACUGAAGAAGAAGUAUUGCGUCCUACUGUGACAGUUCUUGGAAAGUCGGAUGCUAACAGGAGUAGUUACACAAGCGGUGGUGGAACAAAGACGAAGAAACAGAGUUCCAAAGGGGCCAAAGCGAGUAGGAAGCAAACGGAAACAGAGGAGAACAUAGAGGUACAUAUAGAGAAUGAUGAGAAUGCAGGGGAAGCUGCAAGGAUGAUAGGUAACGUUGGAGUUCCUCCUAGUAAUAAAGCAGAUAAUUUGAAACCUCCUCCUAAGCUGGAGAAUAAAUGCAAUUGCUCUAUUAUGUGAUUUUUUUUUUGUUUUACUAGUAAAGUUUUUAAUGAUGUUUGUUCAUAAUGUUCGUAGUUGGUUGUGUUGUUGUUUGGGUCUUUACGUUUGUUGCAGCUAAUUUGUGAGAGGAGCACACGAUUUCGGUUGCC